UAUGAAUAUUGCUUUAGAAGAACCAAGUGUACCUGACCAAAGCAGUCCUUCUGAAGGAAUUGUUAAAGAUCCAAUUAACAAGAAUCAAGUGGAAGAUAUCAAUGUGAACGAAGGCGAAGGAAAUAUAUUCGAUGAGUCUAGUAUUUAUCAACCUCUCAAUGUAGAAUCGCACCCUGAAGAAGAAAAGUCUGAAAUAUUGCCAUCUGCUCAAGAUCCAGUACUACAAGAAGCUUCAAAGAAAUCUCUCAUCCCAUUAGAGUCGGAUAAAAGCAGAGAAUUGGAUAAAGGAUUUGAUAAAUCACAAGAAGAAAACACUGAGAAAGAAGAAAUUUUUGAUAAACUAGAAGAAGAAAGGAAGAAAGAACUAGAAGCAGCUGGAGAAAAACUCAAACAGAAAAUGCUCAAGCAAAAGAGGUGUCAUAUAUGCACGCUUAGCUUUCCUUGUAAACACUUUAAGACCUUUGAGCAAGCUUUUAAUCCAGGAGCAGGACUUUCUCCGAGAAAUAUGGAACAAAAUAGUGAGGAUCAGAAGAAAAUGAGAAAUAGCAAGUCUAAAUCUAGCUUGCUAUCCCCAUUAAGAGAGCUUCCAAAGAAGCUACAAUCAAAAUACUUAAUAAAGGGCGAUGGGAUUCUUCCAGGAGUUGGUCUUAAAUCACAUCCAGAGAAAGAAAUGAAAGUACAAGAGCAAAAGACGAUUCAUAAGAAGCUCAUGGAAGAACAUGAGAAAUUCAGGAGCCCUCAAAGAGUUCGGAUUCAAAAGGGUGCUGGCAAAUACGAGGUAAUCACUCUUCAGCACGGAAUGACAAUUUCCGACCUUGAAAAAUCCUCCAAAAAACAACAACAAAAGGAAGACAGGAAUCGCUGCAAGCAGCUUGAGAAACUUAUGAAUUAUCGUGAAGAAAAACUCAAAAACGAUCAAGAACUUAUCAAGAAGGAAAAAUAAACGUAUUGAAAGACAGAAGCAAAAAGAACAAAAACUUCUUGAAAAGCAAGCAAAGCACAAUGAAGAUCUUAAGAAAAGACUUGAUGAAUGGAAACACAAGAAAGAAGAAGAGCAACAGAAGAAAGCAGAGCAGGAGAAACAGCAAGAAGAGAAAAGAAAGAAAGCCCUCAAAGAUCAAGAACAGUAUUUUGAGAAAUUAAAAGAGAAAAUUGGUGGGUAUAGAGACGAACUACAGAAGAAUUCAGAGUUAUUGGAGUUCUUAAGUCCUGCCAGGGCUAAGAACAGGAUUGGGCCAAUGAAGUUACUUCAAGAGAUUGGAAAUGAUGGGUCAAUUGACUUACAGAAUGAAUGCCAUUUACCAAAAAUUGUCCAGACAGUGCAAAAUUUGGAAACUAAUGCACAUGUUUGUCAGAGAUUUAUGAUUAAACAUAAAAAUAGUUUCGGAAAGGUAUCAUCAAAGAAGAUACUAAAGAGAUCUCCAAUAACUCAAAGAAGUAGAAACACCGAUAAUGAUAUGAAUAGAGGAAAUAAGACUGAGACAAGAUUUUUAUCAACUCAGAAGCACCAAAAGAUAGCACAUGAUGUACUGAGCAAAAGACAGCAUGCUGAAAACCUUCACAAAAGAGAAGAAGAAAGCUCCUAAAAUUGUUAAGAAAAAGAAGCAAAAUCCAAUUGAGAAGUAUAUUCAAAAGAGAGCAGAAGACAGUCUUGAACCUAGUAAAACUCAAGAAAAGUCUCCAAAUCCUUCUCCAAAGCCUCAAGAAAUUCAAAACAAAAGUUCUGAGGAAAAGAAAGCAAACAACAAAUCCAAGCCCUCUUUUGCUAUUAAGAAGGAUACUGCCCAAAAUCAAGAUAACAAGGAAGCAGAUAAACAUGAGAAAGCAGAGAAACUUACUCCAGAAGCACCUAUACAAGCCAAGUCUUCACAGUCCCCAAAAGAUGAUUCAGAAGAGGGCUAUGACUUUGAUUUCGCUUAAUCAUGCUUUAAUUCAUCAAAUUAACAGUUCCU